AUGGCGACGGACAACCUUCAGCCCCAACAGCAAGUUUCGUACUCUCAGCGAAGGCGAGCAGACGAUCAGGUGGGACCCUUGGCUCCUCGAAAGUUCACCGAUGCCCACGAACCAGGAUUUGAGGAACGCGAGUAUAUUCGUGGAAGAUUUGGGAAGAAACACGAUGAUCUAGUUCGCAAAUACGGCGCAUAUAAAGUUAUUUAUGACGACGAGGGCAACCCUGUUGACCUGGCAGAACCCAUAGAAUAUCUAGAGGAGAUCGACAACAGGAUCUUGCACGCCGUGGCAACAGGAAACACAGGCGAAUUGGAGGGCCUCGUUCCCACCUCUAGUGCUCUUCUCCAACUUGCACGAGGAGAAACCUCCUUCGUGGCCUCCAUGGCAAAACAACUGCGAUCGGACCCAGGCGUCCUCCGCGACGUCAUCCGAGAAGAUGCAUACAUCCGUAGCGAAACCAUCCCGGAUGAGAACGGCAACGCACCAAACGUCGAAACCGACAUGCUCACCAACGCGAGCUACCUAGCGCAAGAAGUUCGAUAUAUCAUCCACAACACGCUCCUUCAGUUGGGCCAGUGGCAUCUGGCGUCUGACUACCUGAAAGAGCUAGUGGAACAUGACGAGACAUACGGCCGUGAAGAACGUAUUGUACAACGCCAGGAGUUGAUGAACUCGGUCCGUUUUGUGGUCGAACAGGGGAUCGAAAUCGUCUCCAAGAUGGCGGGGCAAGCAAUCAGAAAACAUCCCAAGUUCGCCAAAUUGUGGGUCCGCCUCGUCAACUUUGAGCCAAAAUGGACAGGGGCACGGAUAGAGGUCAAAUCGGAUCCCGACUCUCAGGCAGAAAUCGACGCGUUUGUUCAAUCGCGUACUUUACAUGGCGCGCUCUUCCGCAUAACUUUGAAGUGGUCGCAAUUGGAACAAUACUCCCUCAUCAAAGACCUUUGCGAACGCUUUGCCAAGACUGAUCAGUCGGAACUCGACGAACUCGGUGAACCAAUUGUGGAGUCUGUCAGUCAGUUAAAGUCGGUCUUCGACUUUUAUUUGCUUUUGGGUAUCCGACAGCCUGAAGACCAAUUCCCGGCGGAUAAGCGCCUCCGUCACUUUAAAGAGAAUUCGGAAACUGCUCAGGGAAUCUUAAAUAAUGCAGCACUCGAGCGCCACAUCAAGGGGCUUGAUUCCCUCGCCUCUGAGGCCACGCUGAAGAAGAUUUGGAGCGAGAUCGACAAGCUUUCGCUCAAGAAGUCGAGGCAGACUGUGGAGGAGCUUAUUGGUUACGAGAAGCCUGCCUCUCGUUGGUACACUCGAAUCCUCCCCCGUCGACCGGCCCCUUCAUCUUCAUCGCAACCCACUCAGCAGCUUCGACAGCCUAGAGAACCCAAGGUCCACCAAAUCCACCCAACUGUCGAGCACGAGCCUGUCAAACUCACCCCAGUUUCUGACGUCCCAAGUGCAAAAAAUCCGGAGCCAGAAGAACCAGUUACUCGCACUAAACCGAAGGUGAAGACAGUCGGUGUGCCGCAUGAACAGCCUGAAGUACCGCUCGAAGAAGAGAAGGUCGAGGAGACCUUGACGGGGGCUGGAAAGGUACUCUUUUAUGUGAAGAAACAUUACUAUAAUAUCGUCGAGAAGAUCUUCAAACCCGGCGCCGUCAAAGGGCAGUUGGACCAGGACGAUUUUAUGAAGCUGAUGGGACAUCUGAACUUCUCGAAGAAACCUGGAAGCGGUUCUCGUGUUACGAUGGAGCACGCCAGCCCUUCGAAUCAACCGUUCAUAUUCAAGUUCCAAAAUAUGUUUCUACCCCCUGCAGUCUUUGAAUCAACCCGGCUUUUGUAA